AUGCGCGUUCAUAGUAUGGUGCUGCUUCGUCCUCGUCUCCUGCCUAAUCAUGUGAACAAUAUAUUCCCUCUUUCCCGUACCCUCUUCCCCACAAGAUCAUUCGCGUCCAGACGCGCCGCCUCCUCCGCAGACGACCCGGAUGAAGACCUAGCAGCCGCUCGAACCUGGCUGGCAAGUCUCAAUCCCCGGACUAUUCCGCGACAUCUCUGCGAAGUCUCCUUCAGUCGCUCAGGUGGGCCGGGAGGGCAGCAUGUGAACAAGGUCAACUCAAAAGCAACGCUCAAAGUCUCCCUUGAUAGUCUGCUCCCUCUCAUACCUCGUGCUAUUCAUUCGCAGCUACAAUCGUCUCGCUACGUUGCUCAACGCACGAAUACACUGGUUAUCCAGUCAGAAGAGUCGCGAAAGCAAGCCGCAAACGUGGAGACAUGUUUCGAUAAACUGCAUCAGCUACUUCGGAGUUCUGCCAAUGAAGCUAUUCCAGGCGAGACGUCGCAGAAUCAGAGACAGAAAGUGCAAAAGUUGUAUGUGUUCAUUAUGUAUCGUUCACAAAAUUUACAUGUCUAA